GAUAGUUUGUUAGCCAGCCAUUCCAAGUCAACAGUGCGAAGAAAACAAACGAAAAUUGCAAGAAACUCAAAAACUAAUGAUCGUGUCGAGAUCCAGCGGAGUAGCUGCAUCUCCAGUAGAUGAUGACAAGGUUCUGUGUAUCAUCCGAGAUCUUGUGGACAGUCAUGGUGGUACUGCAGGAAAACACACCCUUAACUUACAGGCCUCUGUAUCUGCCUGUCAAGCUGCCUGUGAUAUAGCCAGAGCUUGUGGUUACAAGGAAAACACUGUCUCCAUUCAUUAUGAGUCACAGCUGGGUGGUGAUGGUGAUAUUUUACUAGAAGCACAAGAUCCAGAUGUUUUACUGGGAACAGUUUGUAGUUCAGGAGCGAAACGACACAGUUUCACUAUACAUGAACUUGAUGGAACAAUGCCUCAAAAACUAGAAGAAAACAUGUCAACAUUUAGUGAUACUAGUUCUCCCGUGAGUCUUCCUGCAAAACCUGUUGAAGAAUUCUCCUAUACUUAUAAUAAUUCUUCUCCAAAGUCUGAAACUGGCUACCUUGGUCUUGUUAACCAGGCUAUGACAUGCUACCUUAACAGUCUGUUACAAACUUUGUUUAUGACACCUGAAUUUAGGAAUGCUUUAUACAGAUGGUCAUUUGACGGGGCAGAAGAAGAAAAAGUCAAAAGCAUACCAUAUCAGCUCCAGAGGCUCUUUCUUCAAUUGCAAACAAGUAAAAAAAGAGCAGUUGAGACAACUGAUCUUACCCGCAGUUUUGGCUGGGACAGCAGUGAAGUUUGGCAGCAACAUGAUGUUCAAGAGUUGUGUCGUGUAAUGUUUGACGCACUGGAACAAAACUGGAAAAACACUGUUCAAUCUAACUUGAUCAACCAACUUUAUCAGGGCAAAAUGAAAGAUUAUGUGAAGUGUUUAGAGUGUGAUAAUGAAAGUGCAAGGGUUGAUGCUUAUCUUGACAUCCCUUUGGUUAUACGACCAUUUGGAUCAACUGAAUCUUAUGGCAGUGUGAAAGAAGCUAUGAAUGCUUUUGUUCAGCCAGAGAUUCUGGAUGGCACCAACCAAUACUUUUGUGAAAAGUGUAACAAAAAAUGUAAUGCUCACAAGGGCUUGAAGUUUGUGUCUUUUCCUUACCUCCUAACACUUCAGCUAAAGAGGUUUGAUUUUGAUUAUGCCACCAUGCACAGGAUCAAACUCAAUGACAAAAUGACAUUUCCUGAAGUCUUAGACCUUAACCAUUUUAUCACAACCGCCAAUAUUGGUAAUAAAGAUUCAGAAGGAGAAGAGAUGGAGGAUGAGAAAACAGUUCUUCCAAAUGGUCAGGUUGAUAGUAGUGAUGAAGGGAUUGAUGAAGGGAUUGAUGUAGAAAAUGGCUGUUCUGCAGCUUCGUCUGGGAGUGAUACAUCCAGCAUCAGUAGUGAUGCAGCAGCCAACAAUACAAGAAAUUCCAUUUACUCUGGUGGCAAAGGUCCUUAUGUGUAUGAAUUAUUUUCCAUUAUGAUACACUCUGGAAGCGCAGCAGGAGGACACUACUAUGCAUAUGUCAAGUCUUUCAAAGAUGGUCAGUGGUAUAGUUUUAAUGAUCAGCAAGUGACUAAGAUCACUUACGAUGAUAUCAGGAAAACAUAUGGGGGCAGUUCUAUGGGAAGAGGAUUUUAUUCUUCAGCUUAUACAAGCUCCACAAGUGCUUAUAUGUUGAUGUACAGACAGAUAGAUAAAACACUCAAUGCUGAUUUUAUGCAACCAGAAGAUUUUCCAGAACGUCUGAAAGCAGAACUAAAGUACAUAAAGGACAAAGAAGAGGCAGAGAGAAGACAGAGAGAAAUUGACAAAUCCACUUGUAAGAUCAAGCUUUAUUGUUUCCACCCUCAAGAUCAACACAAAAUGGAAGUGAAAUUAGAACUACACAAGGACAAAACUUUGCUAGAGGCCACAGAAAUAUCAAGAGAGUUAUUUAACUUACAAUCUCUGGUUCCACUGGACUGCUGUCGUCUAGUAAAGUAUGAUGAGUAUCAAGAUUCACUAGAGAGGUCAUUUGAGGGAGAAGAAUCUCUGCCCAUAGCCACUGUUUUGGGAGGUGUAAAAUCCAACUAUACGUUUGACUUGCUGCUGGAGACUAAGAAACCAGAACAGACAUUUUUGGAAUAUAAACCUGGGGGAGUUACAGUCAAAGUGCAUGAAGUGGAUAUAGUCUCAGGCAGGAUUCACCCACCUAUCAGUGUAAGGGCCUACCAUGUGCAGACAGUAGCAGAAUUCAAGCUAAUGUUGAAACAGGUCUUAGGUUAUCCAGCAGCCAACAUCCGCUGUGUUUUAGAACGCUUUCAUAAUGAUCUCAGGCCACUUGUUGAACCCGCUAAAACUUUAAAGGCUGAAGGAUUCUACAAGUCCAAUAAGGUAUUUGUUGAGUGUUCUGGUGACUUGGCUGAUAACUCAGUCCCAUACACACAGUCACAACUCUGUCAUCUGCUGGAUCAAUACCAGCACACCAUCCGCAUCACUUGUUGCCUGCCUAGUCUCAAAUCCGUGCAAGAAUAUUUAGCAACUGUAAAAGAGCAGCCAAAAAUGUCACCUAAAGGGAGUCACAACCUCUCCCACAACUUAAAAGCAACACAAGCCUCACAUGACGCUGGUUCAGGUGAUCCAUCACAUCCUUUCCAAGAUGGUGGUGGUGAUUUCUCUCACCUGGACGAGGGCAUCAGUGAGCACGACUCAGCCUUCUACAGUGGUGCGACAAACUCUAAACAUUCACUCUCAGGAGUGGACCCAGGGUCCAACUUUUCCAUCAGCAGCUCAACCACAACUGACACCAGGUAUGGUGCUGGGACUGUGACCAACCUCUCUCAAAAAGACGAGGUGGCCGUCGCAGCAUUUGACGAGGAGCUGGAGAAUGGCCUUGACAAGAACGACACCCCCAGGCUGAUCAGUGACUGUGAGUCCUGUAGUGGACUUGAUGACCUUGGGAAAAAAAGAGAAGAAUUUUCUAGUUCAUCCCGCCAGCACUCCUCAUCCCACGAACAUUUAACAGAUGUUAUGGCCAACGUUUGCUCCAAGCUUUCAUCUGUUUGCUUGACCAGCUCCCGCAGUGACCCGUCCAUUUAUCACACCUGUGCUGACCACAGUGAUGAUUCCCUCCAGUGUCUGGGGUCAGGGCCAAGCACAGGUAGUCAGGAGGACACCAGCACCAGUGCAGAGUUUAAUCUCAGCUGCUCUGGCCCUGACCCAGAGCCCAUCCUGUCAUCACCAGAAGAUGGCUAUGGGUUUGAGGAUGAAAAUGAAGAAGACAAAGAUAUGGAUGGAGGUGGGGAGAUUGAACCAAUCAAUCCAAGAUUGUGCGGGGGUGGCAGAAGGAGUGGAAUCCACGACCUAGACUUGGGUUCAAUAAAUGACCAUUUUGAUGCCAAGCUUAACGUGCAGUUUCUCAUUGGUCAGUUUGAACCAGUUGAAGACUGGGACUCUGAGACAGCAGCUGCUCCACUGUCAAAAACUGACAACUCAUACUUUCCAUUUCAAUCUUCAUCCUUCCUUCCCAACUCAUCUUGGGGCCUUCCUUCAGCACAUAGUGAAUCAAGUCUACUGCCUAACUCGACGCAAAUUCCCUCUACUGACUUUGCUGAAGAUGGAGACAUUGACUUAAGUAGAGCAAGGCAACUUCCACCACCCCCUCCACCACCGCCUCCACCCCCUCCUCAUUUAUUUUCUGAACGGAACACAAAAAAUUGUACAGCACAAGCCAAGUCCACUGACAAUGAUGAUGAUGACGAGGAAGAAGAGGUGAAGAGAUAUUUCCAUGCUGUGAUGACAGAAGCUUCAGAGACUGAGGAGAGAAUAUUGAAUGUUUCUGUUGAUAAAAGAAUUACCCUUGGGGCUUUCAAGAAUCAUCUCCAACCAUAUGUAGGAGUUGUGUCAAAUCUUUUCAAGGUCUACCGUGUAUAUUCUAACAAUCAGGAGUUUGAAAGUGUUCGGCUUUCAGACACACUUUCAUUUUUUGAAGACGGAAAGUUUAACAUAAAACUUGGACGAGCACUACAGCCUGGUGAACAUAGAGUCAAAGUUUUUCAACUGUGUGUCAAUGAAGCAGAGCCCUGCAAAUUCUUGAUUGAAACAAUAUUUGCCAAAGGAAUGACUGUGUUAGAAUCAAAACGACUUGUUAUCUCUGAGAUAAAAGAGCAGUGCAACAUUGACAUUCCCAUUGAAAGGUGCCGGCUUAGGAAAAAAUCUUGGACUAACCCUGGCACAGUGUAUCUUGAUAACCAUGUUUAUGAGAACGAGAUUCCUAUCUACCCUAACUGGGAGAUUUUCCUUGAGGUUCUUGAAGCUAAUGAAGAGCUAAAGGACACAUCCCAUCUUGCAAUAUAUGUCAGACAUUGGCACCCGUCCACCCACCAGAUUGACCCAUUCCAUGAGGUGGUCCUCAAGCAUCAGACAGUAGAGGAGCUGAAACUUAAGAUUUCUCUCUUAAGUGGAAUUCCUGUUGAAAAUGUUGAGUUCGCUAAGGGUAAAGGUACUUUCCCAUGUGAGGUGUCUGUGCUGGAGAUUCACACUGACCUGGAGUGGAACCCUCAUGUCACAACAUUAAACAUGUGGCCACUUUACAUAUGUGAUGAUGGCCAUGUCAUUUACUUUAGAGAUAACAGAGAAGAGCUAAUAGAAUUGGCAGAGGAUAAAAAGAAGGAAAUCCAGCAGAAAGAAAACAGGAUAUCUCGUCAAAACCACAAGAUUUCUUGCUCGCCUCGCAAAGAAAGAGCCUUGAAAAUUUACACAGAUGAUGAUAACCAUGUAACAAAAAGCACGGUGGAGUUGGAAUAACAAGUAUUCUGAGACAUUUAUCAUGUUGCUGUGCAAUAAUACAAUCAUUUGUUGCGCCUGAUACCUAAUAUCUUAUGAGGCAUAGUUUUGUAUGAAAUCUUAGCCAAGUUUGUUUCUGUAGGCAGAUAUUACUACAGACAAUUUUUAAAAUCUAUUUUAAUUUUUGCACUUUUAUUGAGUUGAAUCAAGAUACAAAAGAUUGCCUGUUUAUAAUUUAUAUUAUUUUAAUUUUGUUUUUAUAGAUAGGUGUUUUUUUUAAAUUUUAAAUUGCUUUUCGGAAAAUUGAGAAGAACUUUAUACAAUGAAUUUGUAAACUAUAAAGCAUGUUUGAUUGUGAGUGGAAUAGAAAAGCAUAAAUUAUGCUCAUCUUCAAUAGUCAGACAAAGGUCUGUUUGUAAUUGCAUUCAGUUUAGUUGAAUAGUCUCAUUUAUAGUUAUAGUCAUAUUUUGUUACUUUGUAUAAAGUAUUUCCAUAGUAGCUGAAUUAAUUUCUUAUUCAGUCAAAAAAAAAUGAGCAAACCAUCUUUGUUAACUUGCCUGUGGUACAUUUGUGUGAGCAAAAACAUACUGCAUGUAAUCAGUACUUGAGUUUUUCGCUUCAGCUUCUUCUCAUAACAGCUAGAAUAGGUACAUUUUCAGAGCUGAGAUACAUGUAAUGUUUUUAGAUAAUUUGAUUCAGAAGACAUUUUCUUUUUAAAACAGAAGAAAUAUAUUUGUAUUUUAAAUGAUCCAUAACAAAAUAAUUCUCACCUCAUUAAAAGUUUCUGUUUUGAUCCUUGAAAAGAAUUAGCUCAUAGCUUUUUAAAAUUGUGUAUGCAAACAUAACAUAUAUGACAGUGAAAAAAAAAAGUUGCAAGUAGAUCCAACUAAGUACAUCACAUGGUGUGUUGUAAACUAGUUUGUGUGAGGUUUCACCUGUAUUUGACACUUAAUGCCUUUCUGUUUUUAUUGUUUGCUUACAGUCAAUUCUUGUCUUUCACUCAGUUUUUUCUUUCUCAAGCAAUUGCAAACAGCCAUAGGAGAGAUGGUACCUAUGAGGG